UGGCGAGCAGGGCUAAUCGCGAUAGCUGCGGGAGAGUUUCCGACACUCAUUCAGUAAGCUGCACGUGAUUGUGAGUGGCGGAUGUGUAAAGUUUGUCUCGCGUCAGGAUUUUAACGCGUGUUUACAGUUCAUAGGAUUUCUGAAAAAGGUGUUGACAGUCGAUACCGAGUUUUAUUUAUGUUCUCAGAAACACCACUUUUAGAGUUGGUCGUCUUAGACCGGGUAGUUUGCCCAUCAUUCAUUAACAGGUGCAGAUGGAGUGUAAGGUGGUGCUGGUGGGCGACAGCAAGUGCGGGAAGAGCGCUCUCGUACACAGAUUCGCCAAUGACAACUUUUUAAGGGUAUAUACACCGACAGAUUUCGAAAGGUGUUCUGUUGAUCAUAUAGUCGGCGACUAUCAAGUGCAGCUUGCGCUCUGGGAUACAUCAGGAGCUAGUGCUUAUGAUACUGUCAGGCCUUUGAGCUAUCAAGAUGCCCGUGCCUUUCUUCUAUGUUUCGAUGUUACUUCUCAGGUAUCCUUACACAACGCCUUGAAAAAGUGGUAUCCAGAAAUUCGCACGCACAGUGAAGCCCCUAUCGUGCUAUGUGGUUGCCGCAGUGAUUUGCGUGUCGAAGUCAGGCAUUCUGUCACAGCAGAACAAGCAAUGGCAGCGUGUCGACAAAUGAGUGCUACAGGUUACGUAGAAACGUCUGCCAAAGAAGAAAUCGGAGUGACAGAUGCUUUCGAACUGACCGCCCUUGCAGCACUCGGAGGGAAACCUCGAUUCGCCAGUCUUGUGCGCCGUCAUGCGCCGCACCUCAAGCGACAUUUACGCCCCCAUCAGCAACACAGAAGCUGCGUUGUUAUGUGAAAUGCCGUUGUAUAUAUGAACUUGCUCAACUGCAGACCCAUUUGAUGAGCGAGCCGCAGCCAUGUGGUCUACUUUGAUUAGACUCAUGAGUACUGCCAAUACCGCCUCUUAACUUCAGGAGGCAGGUAAUGGUACUGCGAUGUUUCCUUUGCUCAAAUUUUCCAUUUUUCAUGUUCUAAUCGCCUUCAUGUGCCCAUGUGUGUCAUUACAAAUUGGGUUAUUUAGUGAAGAUGUUGUGCUUGGCGAGUGCAUAGAACUCUGUUUAUGCAAAAGAAGAGAGAAAAAUCAAAAUUUGCUAAUGAUAUAUUUUGAAUGUUUUGUAUUCUGUAAAUCAUUAUGAUGUGCCUAAUUGUCGUAUAAAUUUUAUUUAAUCUCACUAAUUAGAUCUGAUAGUUAUUAAUUUCAGUAAUAAAUAAUAAUUGCAAUUUUUUAAUAAAAUUUUUCCCAUUUGAAGAAAAAAGUAAUCAAGUUACUUUAAAAAAAAAAAAAAAAAGAAAAAUAGGUACUUUUUAAAAAAUUGAA